AUGUUGUGGUUAGCGGUAAGAUGUGAGAAAAUAGGCUACCAGGGACGAAAGUGUAAAACUAAUGAAUUUAACGCGAAAUCCACUACAGUCGAGCGUUAUCUGGUUAUCAUUCUUCAUUCCCAUGAGACAGAUUUCACCGGACAUCCUCUUUCCGUAAGUGUCAUGAACUUUGUAAAUAUUUUCUGCAAUUUGAUUUUACCGUCUGGAUGUUCAGUAAAACCUGCAUUGGAGUAUUGA